ACAACACAAUGAAGAAGUUUCAACAGAGGGCUUAUAAGCGUAGAUGGGCUGCCACAACUAGGCAUUUGAAGAAGCAAUGCCGACAGUCAACUUUAGAAUUAGAGAGUGAUGAUAGCGAGCAAGAGAAUGACACGACAAUCUUUACAACUCCAGAAACAGUGACAACCCUUCAGUACAUGGAUGCUGCGGAGACUGCUUCCUGCACUGCCGCGGGUGCUGACAAUGCCACCUACAGUGGCCCUGAUAGUGAUGAGCCUGAUGAAAAUGAUGCUGAUUGGAGACUAAUCGACCAUCAUGUCACCUUGUCAUCUGAUUCAGAAAAUGAGAGUGAUAGUGACUGCUUUGAAGAUAUUUUGAGGUCUGGAUUAUUUUAUCUUCAGAAUAGCUUUGCUCCAGAAUCCGGAGAGCUGAGAUUCCUGACAAAGAAGUCUGGGAUAGGCUGCCAAUUUGGGUUUUCAGGAAAACAUUGACUGAAGACUUUGACAAGGCCCUUCAAUAUGAAAAACAAGCUGAAAUGUUUUCGAGCCCAGAGGAAGAAGAAAUGUCAACCAAAUGGAGCCACAUCACCCCUGAACGUUAUAGAAACGAUGAGGAAGAUGUGUUUGAUGCUGACGGCGAAGAGGAAAUUCGGCCAAAAAAGAAGUGCAGAAAAGAGAAAUUACAGAUCCUCAUCCAGGCACCCCCACUGCCAGUGCUCCCACCAUUGAACUUUCCAAACUCCAGCGAGUACCAGACCACUUCAGCCAGUACCAGCCAAUACUACACCACUCCAAGGCAUCCAGGCCGACCUCACAGCCCAGCGAGAAGCAGCACUUACAGGCUCAGUCCAGACAGGAAUCAUGCAUCCAGCUCAAGCCAGUACCAAACCACUCCAGCCAGUACGAGUCAGUACCAGACCACUCCAAGAAGCAGCAGGAAUGCCCUUGAAAGUGAACUUUUCCAGUUAAACAUGAAAGUUAAAAAAAUAGUUGAGAACCAGGGAGAAAUUAUGCGCAUGCUGAGAGGGCUGGCAGCACAGUCUGUGGGGCCAGAAGCUGUGGAUGUUCAAGAUCUCAUUGAGAAGCCUUUCGAGACUCUUGAGCAGCUUAAGACCUUCUGUGAACAGCUCGACACUGAUCUUCUGCUCAGAAAGCAGCUGGUGAAAGCUCUUACUGCUCUUGGUGGGCAGAAUUUGGCAGACACGGUGAGGACAAUGCUGAGAAAAAUUGCCACAAACAAAGUCCUGGAGCAGCUUGGUCUCCGUGGAAAGACAGGCAAAGUGGCGUUUGAGGACUUGCCCUUUUACAGAAUAAUAAUAAAGGCAUGCAGGGGUGUUUACAAACAGACGACCACAGCUCAAGUAGAUUGUGAGCUUGGAGAGGUCCUGAAACUGGCCACUUUUCAAAAGGGAGGUUCAAAGUUUGAGGAGAAGAGGAGGAAUUAAGAGGAAGCGACGGCGAAGAAGGGCAAAGGGAAGUGUAAAAAGGAAAUGGACAGUGAGAUGAGUGACCAGGAAGCGACGGCGAAGAAGGGCAAAGGGAAGUGUACAAAGAAAAGGGACAGUGAGAUGAGUGACCAGGAAGUGAAGAAGAAGAAAACAGGGAAAGGGAAAAGAACCAAGCAAACGCUAGUGAGACCAGUGAGCAUUGAGCAGGAAGAGAACCAACAAGAAGGGACAGGAGUACACUGACGCGCACGACCAAGACCAUAGCAUUCCAUUUCUAUUCCAUCCAUCCAUCCAUCUUCUUCCGCUUAUCCGAGGUCGGGUCGCGGGGGCAGCAGCCUAAGCAGGGAAGCCCAGACUUCCCUCUCCCCAGCCACUUCGUCCAGCUCUUCCUGUGGGACCCCAAGGCGUUCCCAGGCCAGCCGGGAGACAGUCUUCCCAACGUGUCCUGGGUCUUCCCCGCGGCCUCCUACCGGUCGGACGUGCCCUAAACACCUCCCUAGGGAGGCGUUCGGGUGGCAUCCUGACCAGAUGCCCGAACCACCUCAUCUGGCUCCUCUCGAUGUGGAGGAGCAGCGGCUUUACUUUGAGCUCCUCCCGGAUGGCAGAACUUCCAUUUCUUUUGUAUUAUAAUUAUCACUAAUAAAGAAUUAUUGUUUAAUUUUCUGUUUUGAGUGUCAGUCCUGACAAUAUAGCACAAAAACAGACGUAAAUACCACAGCA